GUCGGUAGUGCCGCUAGCCUCUCACUUGGCCGGCGACGUUCGGCACGCACGGUUCGGUUCCUCUUUGCUACAUUCGAACAGCUCAGCCGAUAUCUGGUCGAUUUCGAGCGGACCGAUCCGAUUUCGACCCGAUCGGGCCUCAGCCUACUCCCACCUCUUGGGGCCCGACAGCCCGGAGGGAGCUGACCUGUGAAAAUCGCCCCCUGAGCCGCGGAAGUGAGACAUGUAACCGAUCUUGGCUUGGAGGAUUAGUGCCGCCAGUGAAAUUGUUCGGUGUCCGGGUGGUUUUCCGGUUCGCCAGUGCGGAUUGCGGAUCGUUGUAUCUUCUUUUUGUUCUUAUCGUUGUGCCAUGACACUCUGGAUACGAUUGUGAAUGGAUCGGAUGGCAGCCGCGAGUUCACAGAUUGAGAAUGAACAGUCACAAAAAUCACGGAGGGCCGCGGACAGGUGCUUCCACGAAGCUGAGGACUGUGUCCAUCAUUGGAAAUGACCAUGAGCGUGGCUGUCGCCCCGGGUAGCCUCGGUGCACCUCCAUCUAUGCUCACGCCAAAGAUGUAUCAUCUACAGCAGGGAUUAAGUUCAACAUCGGCUUCGCCCACUCCCGAAAAAAAUUACGAUACGUUGAGCAAAGGAAAGAAAUCGUGGAGCGUGAGAUUGGGCCUGUCGCGGCAGAGUCAAAGCACCGAUGAUCACGGGAAAGGGUGGGGCACCAUAAGCGGCGAUAGUAGGUACUCACGACAAAUGAUCUACGGCGACCCAUGGCUCUAUGGGACGGUUCGAUCAUCGAGGUCUGGCCACGAGCCACGAGGCUUCAUAACACCGCCGCCACCGCCACCCCCAGGAGCACCGAUUUUGAUAGUGUGCUCCUGCCCGGAAUUUCUGAGCGGGACCACCCGGAAGUUCGGCAAUUGCCGCAAGUGCGGUGGUCACCGAUUGACUGGUCUACCUUUAGGAGGAACAUGUCGACUUCCACCGAUAUCCUCGAGAUCGAGGCCCAGCCUUGCAGGAGUGCUAAGGCCAUCGAUAGACGAUCCGUACGAUCAGAUGCGUCGGAGCCGGCUAGUGGAGCCGAGAACGAGGGCUCGGAGCAUUUCGCCUCACCGGCCAUUGUCUCAACGCGAUGCCCGGAGCCAGAGCGUAGCGCGGAACGCGAAAGAAAGGAAGGCCUCGAUCGAGAGUACUUCUUCGAAGUCCGAGUGGUUCGACAAGGAAUCGGGCACCGGGAGCUACGAGGAACCGUCGCGCAAGCCGCGACCGAACUUUGCGUCCACGGACGAGUGGCUUAAAGAGGAGGCUCCUCUGGCGACUCCGCGGGGUCAGCCACCCUCUAUAGCACCCGGAAGACUGGUACGGAUACCGAAGAAGAUCAGAGACGCGAGGAGCGACUGGUCGGACAACGGGGCCGCGAAACCGCAGGAACCGAGCCAGGUGAAGAUCAAUCAGGACGAAUGGAAGGAUCGAGCGUCGAACAGCAGCGGGGACUUGAGACGGAGCAUCCUGGAGUGCGAUGUGAACCCGUAUCUGCUGCUGAAGAAGCAGAGGGACGAGGACGAUCUCAGCGACGACCUGUCGGACAACGCGCUGGAGCAGGACGACGUGAAGUCGCUGUCCAGCUUGUUCGACUCGUCGAAGGUGAAAUCGAUCGAAAGGAUACCCAACAGAAGCGCGGUCGCGGAGAUCGGCGGCCAAAGGAUCAGGGUGUUCAACGAACCCCGCGAGAUCUCGGACGAGGACGAGGUCCUGCCAGCGACCAGGAUUCCCAUACCAAAGGUUUCACCGAAGCGACCACCGAGAAGACUGAAGGAAGCCAAACAAACGCUGAAGAGCAUUCUCAAGCGGGGUAAGGUGAUCGAGACCAGAAGGAAGAACGUUCUGUUCAACGUCGACAACGUGAUAUUCGCGCCCGAGAAGCCAUCCGAGGCGACGCGGCUGUCUUGGGGCAGGCUGACCAGGAGUUGCGCAUCGAGCAUGGAGGAACGGAACAACGGCGAGUCCGAGGAGGAAGAAGAGGAGGAGGAGGAUGAAGAGGAGGACGAGGAGGAGGAGGAAGAGGAGGAGGAAGUGGCGACGGCGGCGAAUGUCGAGCGGAAGGGAAGAUACAAUUUCAUCACUGUUCCCAAUAUCAGGGACCCAAAGAUAGACAGAGUCAGGUUGAAGGAGCGUAAGGUCUCUCAGGACAUGUGCCAGAACUCCCUGGAGGGAGCUAAGGUGGACAAGUAUGUUCCUCCGCCUUAUAACGUGGAGCAUACCCCUCCUUUGAGAAAGAAGGACGGGUUGCGGAAAAGCGAGGAAAACGUCCACGAGAAAAACUUUAAUCAAACUGUUUACCCGGCGAAGCUUAAGACUACGAAACGGGAUGAUGAAAAGAAGAAGAGGGUAGACGAGGAAAAUGUAGCUGGAGUUGGUGAAGCUGAACAGAUCGAGGAGCCCAAGCGGCACAUUCCGGGCAUCGCUGUCGAUGAGAAGGAUUUGAUUUUGAAGUCGGAAGAAAACUCGAAGAGAUCAUCUUUAUCCCGCAGUCAAAGCGAAAGGUCCUACAACAGACCGGAAGUUUCAGCCGGAAAUGUGCUCUUCAUGGACACCAUGCGCUUUAGUCUUUCCAGAAAAGUGAAAGAACCAUCGUCCACGACAGAACCGAGUGAACAAACGAUUCGUCGAGAAGACACGCCCGAGCCAACGAAUGAAAUACCAGAAGAAAAGCACGCGAAGAAAGAAGACGAUUCAAUCAAAACAGAAUCCGAGCAAUAUUUACCGAACACGAAAAAAGUCGAAGAAAUUCACGAUGAAACGACAACAUUAGGCAAAGCGGAAGCGGAAAAUUCGAAGGAAGUUCAGAACAGUUUCGAGGAAAGCAAUGUUCACUUCCGAGGAAUGAGACCGACCAGUUGGUCUCCGCCACCUGGAAAGCAGAAGUACUAUCAUGCGGUGGGUGAUCUAGGUACAAGGCCGAAGGAGAUAGGUCAGUCACAGUCGGAACGAAGCAGCCCUAUGCUGAAGACUACCUGGAAGAGAUCAAAUUCUUACGGGUCGUCGAAAAUUGAAAUUGGGUCACCGACACCAUCACAAGUCACCGAGAACAACGUAUACAAAAUCACAGUCAGUCCCCGAGCUUCCCCACUCGUUCAUCGACUUCAGAUAGGUCCGGGUACCAAAGGGUCGAGGAGAACGUCGAUUUUAAUCAACGGAGAUCCGACGCCAAGCACCGAGACAACGUCCGAUAACAAGGUGACCAUCAGCGUCGGGGGGGAGGACAGUGUCUACAACCCAACGGUGAUAUCGGUGAACCUGGAAAAUCCUCCUCGGAUAAAAAGCUCCGCAGAGAACCGCACUCUCGUGAUAUUAGACAAUUACAAAUCGAACAUCGUCGUUGAGACGAUUAAGGAAGACUCAAAGCCGCUCAAAACGAGCUCCGAGUCUGCCAAGGAAGACGAACCCCCUCCGAAGAACGUGGAAGUCCCGUCUGGCGACAAGUCAUCUGUGAUCGUUCCAGACGUAUCCAUGGACACUGAGAAGCAAACGAAAUCGAAUGCAGAAGCUAAAGCUAUUACCGCGGAUAGCGGGAAAUGCCCAGCGACGAACGAACAAACGGAACGAACCGAGAAGAGGAGUCAUCAGAAGGAUGAGGACGGCUCGUCGAAGCUUUCUGGUCUGUCGAAGGAAGCGUUGAUUUCGAAGCUGCUAGAGGAUUCGCUACGGAAGGCCCGUGAGAACGGGGAGAUUCUGGAUGAAAGCAGCGGCGAGGCGAUUCUGAAGAUCUUGAAGCAAAGUUUGUUGAAGAGCAAGGAGUACGAGAGCUCGGAAUCGACCCUCGAGGCGAAUUACUCGAGGACGUCCAGCCUGAAUUCGGAUGGUGACUUCAUCUCAACGAAUCUUUUCCUCGAGGAGAAUCCUUACGAAGUCAUCAAGGAGCCUAUCUAUGAGGAGAUUCCUGAUGAGCCUCCUCCUUUGCCGUUGAGUCCACCGCCGACAGAAGAUUAUUUAAAGGACAGAAUAUACUUUGGAGAUAUUGAUUAUUACACGAAAGGCAGCUCCGAGCAGUUUCUCGAGUCAUAUUUGACAGAGAAUGUUUUCAAGAAGCCUACGUCAGAGGAUCUCACGGAAACUUAUCUGUCUAAGAGCCCCGAAGACUUUUUUAAGAAAAUGUCCAUAUCGCCGGAGGAGGAGAAUAUCUCAAGCAAAUUCGAACUGCUUAACUUCCUGAUGGACUCGAAGGAUCGAGCGAUAUCGAUCGAAGGGGAGGACGACGAGGACGAUGAGGACGAAGACGAAGAAGACACCGAAGGAGACUUGGAAGCGCUGUACGAGCAGAAGGAGACUAGUCUUGGAGAUCUUAGCUCGAAAAGCUCGCAAAUUUCUAAUGUUUCUGACAGCAGUGAGGAAUGCAACAUCAUCUUGACUAGUUCAUCGGAAACGUCCAAGGCCCGAGCGGUGGAUAUAGAAAGAACUGACAGCGGAGUGGGAUCGGAAAGCAGCCAGGCCAGCAGCACUCGAGGCGUGCCGCGACGUUGGCGAGCAGGAAAUGUCUCUUCGGGACCAGGAAGUCUCUUCGGUGGAAUCCCACAAGUGAUUUCCGGUGAUUCAAAGCUCUGCGAAGAUUGCGAACAACGUUUGGAUCCUUUGAUAACAGAUAGUGGUGUAGUGUAUGCACCCUUUGUAUGCAGAAAAUGCGCCAAAAAGAGAGUGGAGCGCAAAGAAAUUAUAACGGAAAUCGUGGAGACUGAACAGAAGUAUGGGAGGGAUCUGCAAAUCAUACUUGAAGAGUUUCAUAGACCGAUGUUCAGAGCUGGUCUGCUCACUUCGGAACAACUAACAGCAAUAUUUCUCAAUGUCGAAGAGCUACUGGAACACAAUCUGGUACUUGCUGAAAAAUUGAAGGAUGCUGUAGAAUUGGCACAGGAAUCCGGAGACGAAGAUCUUUUAACAGUGGACGUAGGUAAAAUCUUCCUGGAGUCUGAACGGAUGCUUCAUGCUUUCGAAAGUUACUGCACCCGUCAAGGAAGCGCAAGCUUACUACUACAGAAUCUGGAGAAAGAAAAGGAACUGUUGCGAAUUUUUUUAAGAGUCUCGCAAAUGGAAAACACCGUUUUACGUAGGAUGAACUUGAAUUCAUUUCUUAUGGUUCCUGUCCAAAGAGUGACAAAGUAUCCUCUUUUACUGGCACGAUUACUAAAAGCUACACCAUCAGUACGACCAGAUAUCCAAGAAGCUAAAGAAAGACUGAAACAGGCCCAAGCCAACAUCGAGCUACAUUUGGAACACAUGAAUGCUGAAGCUAAAGAUGUGACUUCAACAAAACUUUGGAGAAGGAUUUCCAUUAUACAAAAUGGUAGACGGCCAAUCGGCGAGCAAGAUAUGGUGAAUAUAAAAUUGAGAAAGAUGGCCGUAGAAGUUUUAGAAUGGGCUCAUGAGGAAGCCAAAUUUGUACUGGAAGGACGUCUCUUAGUUGCUCAACCAACUGAUAACAAUUGGAGACGAGGACGAACCGUCAAGCUUGCUCCUGUUACCGCCAUGUUGGUUACCAAUGGCAAACCAAAUGCUGAAGACAUUGAGUUCAAUGACGACUCCCUCUUUCCAAGGUACAUAGGUAUCAAAGAAGCUACCCUCUUGUUAGUGAAAGAAAAAUUCGGGCGGUAUUCCUUGUUACGCGAGCCACUGUACCUUGACAAGUGUAUUGUAUGCUGUGAAACAGAUCUUGAGGAUUAUUUUGAAGUUCAAGAACUGUAUUCCAAGGAAACUUUUAUAUUUAAGGCCGAAGAUGGAGCCAGAACAAAGAGAUGGUGUAGGACGUUGCAAGCUCAUGCACAAUCACUUGGCGCAUGGCGAAAACGUCGUGGAGCAUUGCCGAAUAUUAUGAUAUGCGGAGUCGUAAGGAAUUAAUAAAUAAUUGUUGCGGUUAGAUAUAAAACCAAGAAUAGAAUGUACAAUGUACAGGCGUUAUUUAAAGGUGAUUAUAUUCCUAAAUACGCAAACAUGUUUGCGUGUGUAGCGCAGUUGAUUAAAUGAGCGUAUGAUCUCCAGAUGAAUUAGUAAUGAUUUGUCGAGGAGAAAGUGUCGGACCAAAGGAUUUCAACUGCUCAUUGACACUGUAUGUGAAUGAGUAAUACGAAAGUCUAGUUCUCGCCGAACGCAGAUUGUUUUGCGUCCGGUUGCAGUACGUUGCAGAUACAAUACUUCGAAUCUCCUACAUCGGUGUAGUUGAAACUCUGCAUGGCGUUUAAUCGCAUCAACAAGAAACAAUCUUCUAUCUUUCUCCUCUCCUGAUUCGAAACACCACGCGUACACAGAAUAAACAAUUUUCCAAAUGUAUGUAUUUACUAGAUUCGAACCGAAAGUGCGAAUACUAGCUGUGAUACUGACCGGUGUAUUGGUACUUUCUUCAGAUGAAAUAUGUAACGUUAAAUAUGUACCGCGGUACAAGACUUGUUAGCCUCCUUUCCUUCCUAUAUACUUUCUUAAGUGACAUUUACCUUCAGCGAGAACAUCGAUAAUAAUGUAAAUAAUAUUAAAAAAAAAACGGGGUUAUAGGGUUGAGACAUUUUGUACCUACGAUUCAUCAGAGCCAAGAAACUGCCAAAUGUUUCAGAAGAUCGGGCUUAACUUUAUGAUUAUAAAUUAAUUAAUAUAUUAUAUCCCAUGACUAUUCCUUGUGUAACAAUAAUUAACAGUAUUUUAUUGCGUCUAACACAGAAAAUAGAAAUUGUACAUUGUACUAUAAUUUUAUUUAAAAUCUAAGCCAUAUGUUUGUAUAUAAAUGUAUAUUUAUACCAAAAUCAGUUUAAGCAACAUAAUUGUUAUAUUAAAACCAACAUUCAAUAAAAAUCAAAUA